AUGAUCGUCAUCCUCCUCCUCACUCUCGGCUUCACGCCAAUCGCCGCCGAGCCCUGGCAAAUCUGCGGCGACGCGGCCAUGAACUACACGACCAACAGCACCUACCAUGGCAACCUCGAGCUCCUAUCCACCAAGCUCACCCACAACGCCACCACAAGUCCGUACCACUACGCCACGGCCUCCGCCGGCGCCGCCCCGGACACCGUUUACGGCCUCGCGCUCUGCCGCGGCGACGUGAACGCCACCGCCUGCGGCGCCUGCGUCGCCACCGCAUCCCUGGGCGCGCAGCAGCUGUGCCCCUACCGCGCCGACGCCACCGUCUUCUACCCGACCUGCCGCCUCCGCUUCUCCGGCAAGAACUUCCUCCACCCCGACGACUACUCCCAGAUCGUCGACGGCGUCGUCAACACCAUGAACACCACGGACACCACCAACACGGCGCCCGCGCUACCCGAUUGGGAUUCUGGCAACGCCGAGAGCGUCGCCGGCAUCACCGAGAUCGUUAGGGAGCUGCUGCAGGAGACGGCGAGGCAGGCGGCGUACAGCUCCGGGGCGAGGAUGUUCGCCACCGGCCGCAUGGAUGUCGGCGGAGGCUUUCCGGCGCUCUACUCCAUGGCGCAGUGCGUGCCGGCGCUGACGCACAGGGACUGCUCGUCCUGCCUUCAGGUCAUCAGCUUCAUGGCCACCGACAACUUUGCAGGUAGGCGAGGAGGACGGCUUCUUGCUCUCUGGUGUAACUUGAGGUACGACACGGAUCAUUUCUAUGACGGCGAUCCCACGGUGACAGUCGUAUCACCAGUGAAGGAGGUUGUGCCGCCGGCGGUGCUUGCCGUGACCAGACGGAAACACAAGACGUCAGGGGGCAUGAUCAAAGUUGUUCUUCCUCUACUUGCAUCGAUUAUUGGCUUGAUCAUUUCCUUCAUAUUCAUAAAACGAAGGCGCAUAAAAGGUAAUGGGUCUCAGGAUAAGCAUACUAAGAUGAAUGUGAAGGAAGAUGAAGCCAUAGUUUGGGGGCUUGAAGGAAGGAGUUCAGAAUUCAUGAUUUAUGACUUUCCUCAAGUAUUGGAGGCUACAGCUAACUUUUCAGCAGAAAAUAAACUUGGGCAAGGUGGCUUUGGUCCUGUAUACAAGGGUCGGUUUCCUGAUGGGUUGGAGAUAGCCGUCAAGAGGCUUGCUUCACAUUCAGGUCAAGGUUUCACAGAGUUUAAAAAUGAAGUACAACUUAUAGCCAAGCUGCAGCACACUAAUCUAGUUAGGCUCUUGGGAUGCUGUUCUCAGGAAGAGGAGAAGAUAUUAAUCUACGAAUAUUUGCCAAAUAAAAGCCUCGACUUAUUUAUUUUUGAUGAAACAAGAAGACCUUUAUUGUAUUGGAAUAGACGCCUAGCAAUAAUAGAAGGGAUAGCACAAGGACUUUUGUAUUUGCAUAAGCACUCUCGGUUACGUGUCAUCCAUAGAGAUCUUAAAGCAAGUAAUAUUCUCCUGGAUCAUGAAAUGAAUCCUAAAAUUUCAGAUUUUGGGCUCGCAAAAAUAUAUAGCACAAAUGAUACAGAAGUAAACACGGAAAGAAUUGUCGGGACAUAUGGAUAUAUGGCUCCUGAGUACGCAUCAGAAGGCCUCUUUUCAAUCAAAUCUGAUGUGUUCAGCUUCGGUGUGCUAACUCUUGAAAUAGUUAGUGGAAAAAGAUCAUCAAGUCUUCAUCGAUGUGGAGACUUCAUCAACCUUCUUGGGCAUGCAUGGCAGUUGUGGAAAGAUGAAAGAUGGCUUCAAAUCGUGGAUGUGUCAUUAGAUAUUGAGUGUCAUACAUUAGAGAUAAUGCGAUGCAUCAAUGCUGCAUUGCUGUGUGUGCAAGAGAAUGCAGCUGAUCGACCCACCAUGUCAGAUGUGGUUGCGAUGCUUAGAAGUGAGGGUAUGACCCUGACCGAGCCUAAGCACCCCGCAUAUUUCCACAUAAGGGUGACAGAGGAGGAGGAUAUCUCAAUAGUCACUGAGCCAUCUAGUGUUAAUGAUAUGACAAUGUCUGCUUUACGUGGCAGAUAGUUUCAUAAUUUUGUCCAAGAUCGUAUCAAAGUUGUAGUGUGCUGUUUCUUUUUUCAAGGGCAUUUUCAAUUCUGUCUUAAGGCUGAAAUUGUGAAUUAGUACGACAAAACUAUGGCUGUACAAUGGUGAUGCAAGACAGCUGAAAUUCAAAUAAUUAACAUUGUUUGGGAUU